UUAUUUUAUUUAGUCGGUUAGAAGUUUUUUUUUUUUUUUGAUAAUUUUCUAAUUAAUUUAAGGCGUUUCAUCAACCUUCGUUUCGUUCUAACCCUUACUUUGAUCUUGGAUCUCAUGUCUCCUUUCUUCCGAACACUGACUGAUCUCGUAGCGAAAUUCAACAUUGCUGAGGUUUUCUGAAGCUGCUUAAGGAAUCAUGGGAAAGCCUUGACUAAACUAUUUCUAACUUUUGAUUGGAAAUAGCCACUGAAGUGUGUAUGAUAUUAGAUUUUAUCUAGCUGUGACACUGAAUGAACGAUGGAUGCAAAGAAGAAGAAGAACAGGAGAAAGAAGGAGAAUCAGCAUAAAGUGUCUGAUGAUGCUAUGCCUGAUUCUGAAAAGGUAGCUGUGCAGAAUGGAUCAGGAGUGGAGGAAAGUCGCAAUAUAGAUACUUCCACCAAUGUGGAUGUACAGAGUGUUGGCAUCUCCGAAUCAGAGAUGGAGCAUGAUAAAACAGGAUCCUUGAGGAGAAAUUUGCAAAAGUACAGGAAGAAUUCAGGCAUUUGGAAACUGAGAGAACAUUAUGGCUCCAAAGACAGGUUAACCUCGAAGAAAAUGUUAAAUCAUUAAAGGUGGAAUUUGAUUCAUAUGUGCAGAAAGAGGCUAUUUUAGAGCAAAAACUUCAACAUUUCGAGAGUGAAAAUGAUACUUUGAAACAUGCGGAGGCUCUAUUUGAGUUUGAACUCAAGAAUGUUCAGAGCAUUAAAGAUAGACUUGUCCGAAUGGAGGAAAGGAUUGUUGGUGUAGAGGAAGACAGUAUUGUGCUUGAUAUGCAGGUAAAAGGCUUGGAAAGGUCCAGAUACAUAUUGCUUGAAGAAAACCAGCAGUUGAGGCAAAAUAUUGCUGCACUGGAACAAAAUAUUCAAUUUCUUGAGGCGAAAUCUACUUCACAUGAAACUUUGACUGAGAAAAUGACCAAGCUCCUUGAAGGUGCUAUCCCAGUGCAUGAAUCUCUCAGUGCGUUUGUUAGGGAUCAAGUAUCUACAAGUGCAGAGAUUUCGAGCAAGGUUCAUGAACACUACCUUGUUUCUGAGAAACAUGACGAACCUGCUUCUACCGCUGAGCUUAACCAUACAGAGACUCAGGUUAGAAGUUCCUCUCCAAGUCAUCUACUGGAAACUGAUGGAAAGAUAACUGAGUCUGUGGUACCUGAGGAGGAAUUUGUUGCUAAUGGUGCCGUCAACUUGGACUCUGAAACCGUUGGGCAGCCAGGAGUUCAACCACUUCUUGUUGAAGCAAGAAUCAGUGAAGUCGGAACAGUUAGAUUUGAUGAAAUCCAAAUUUACGAGGAUAACAAAAGGGAAAUGAUAAUUAAUGAUGAUCCAGUACCACACGAGGAGGUUCCUUUUACAGAUGCUCCUUUGAUUGGGGCACCGUUCAGGUUAAUUUCUUUUAUGGCUAAAUAUGUUAGUGGUGCUGAUCUAGCGAGGCGAGAUGAUUCUUAGUCAGGCCUCUGAACUAUCUUUGAUUUGUUGAAGAAUUUUGAUACGCAGAAGGCCAUAAAGUUAUUCUGUUUUUCUUGUUUACUGUUUUGGUUAAUACAUUAACAGAUCAUGAAAUCCGUGAGAUUGUAAAACAUUUGCAGAAAGCAAUCUUGGGACUCUAGCACCCUAUUGGUCUUUUAUUUUAA